ACAUGCCAUACAUAUUAGACGAGGCAUGCAUGUGUUGUCCGUCGGGGCUUUCUCCGAGUCUCGUGUCUGGAUCUGAGACAAGCCUCGUACCUAGCUGAGCGGCCCGCGACAGCAGUUCGAGGUCCACGACGACGAACGGAUCCAUGGAUAGGGUUUUGUGGUUUGCGCACGAGUUCGUUGCCAGACUUGGCUGGAGAAGCCUUGUGCUGUAUUCUGUUAUAUUGAUAUUGUAUUAACUUAGCACUAUAUCAUGGUGUAGUAGUUGUAUGUGGCAAGUUCAAACUUGGCUAAGCCAGUUGGCCGUUCCUUCCAUCACUAUCGAUACAACUCACAACUACGAUGCAUUUUCACCCCCUUCCCGCUCGCCUUCGCCCGCACAAAUACCGGCAACUUGGCGACAGUCUUUUGAUGACGCUGUGCGUGCGGAUCUGGAGUCUGACUCGCCCGAACCAACUCCUCAAGUGAAUGUCAACGACGCUACAUUAUCAUCUUUCUGUGACCGAAAAUACACCUUUAGUGUCAAUAAUAUUCCAUCAAAACGAAGAAAGCCUUGGUACGAGAAUGUUGGUGUCAUUGUUCAGGACCCUGCCCUCAUUUCUGUCCUUGUCUUCUCCAUCAUAGCAAUUGCCCUCGACCUUUCGGGCGCCCGCGAAGAUUAUCCUAGCCGAUAUGAAUGUGUAACGAUGAUCGCUAUCGUUGCCGUCAUUAUCUUGCUUGAAACUUUUACUUGGGCUUUACAAAAAGUGCAUUAUCAGUGCAUUGGAUGAUAAGACUUAUAAUUCUGGCUACGUCCGCGCCAUAAGAUCAGGUAAGCUACGAGAGAUUCCACGAGUGGAACUCCUCGUUGGUGAUUUGGUAUUACUUCAACAGGGCGACAUGGUACCGUGCGAUGGAAUUAUAGUAAAGCUUGCUCACUUGAGGUUAGAUGAGGAACAAGUUAUAGUAGAGUCGGGUUCAACUGUUACCGAGGGA